AGCGGCGCACCGGAGAUGGAGCUCAUCGACAGCGGGUUGGCACUGAUGGAGAUCUCCAUGGGCGAGUCCAGUACAAAGACGAGCAUGAAGAGCAUUAGAGAGGCGGAGCAAACCAAUCUGAGGCGCAUCAGAGAGUCGCAGGAGAGGAUCCGGAGGAGGCAGGAGCAACUUGUUCGCGAUCCACAGCCACCUCUUCGCUACGAGUUUGAGAAGGCUCCUACAGAUGAGCAGGAGGCUGAGGACUACCGUCAAAUGUGGGAGAUGCGCUUUCGCCACAAUUUCGGUUCAAUCGACGCGGAAACUUCUCUUGGUCCCGUUUGCUGUACAACCGAAACCAACCCAGCAGAUGCUCUUCCGGAGAGUUGCAUGCAGAUCUUCCCCAUCAAAGUCACUGACCUAAACAAUGAUCUCAGCUUGCCACUGGAGGUUCAUGGCUUUGUUGCUGCCAGGGACUCGGUAGAUCGUAAACGCAACUAUCUCUUCAGAUGCACCAGGGAUAACUGCCAAACCCUCACUCCAAAGGUGAGUUAG